CUGGGAUGCCCGUCCGUGUGUUGGCUGUCACAACAGGAAUCAUCAGUAAGGCUUCUUCUUCGGAAAACCCUUGGAAUGCGAUGCUCCGAUUUGUGUGGUACGUCAAAAGAACAAACUAAAUAAAUCAGUAAAUGCACAAAUCCAUUCUUUUGACAUCAGUGAGCACAACGGGAACUCAGAGCAGAGAAUGUAUGCGUGUAUCUGAUAUCCGAGGCAUGUAUCUCCUACACUUGGCUUGCGGUCCAUGUGUGAUGGGGAGCCGUGUGUUCAACAAAUGAGUAGACAGGCGCUGUUUUGGAGUGAUGCAGUCAAACGAAUCGUUAACAUCAACGUGUGACACUGAAGACGUGGGCUGUGAGCUCGAUUGAUGCGCUUGCCUAGGCGACUGGAAAUGUGAAAAGCCAGCGCUGAAAUCUCUCAGAUUCUCUUAGUUGGGAAGAAGCAAAGGACUUUUUCUAUCAAACCUGACUGCUGAAGUAACAGAGGAGGGCUUACUGUGUCACCAGGAAUCAGCCUCAUUCACGAGUAACUUCCAAGAAGAAAUGAAAAGGAUUUUUUACUUCCCUUGAAGUUGAAAGAUUAAUGCCACAUUUACUUUUAAGAGUGACAUGAAAAAUUCAACGUGAGACCUGGAUUUUUAAACAAGAAAGGAAAAAGAAAGUUAGCGAAAAUUUGACAGUAAAAACAUUCAAGUUUACACUGAGGGGUAUAUUUCCUGAUGACUCUGCGUUUUCAGAUGAAAAGGAGUGAUAAGCCUUGCCUGCACAGCUCACAAAAACCAGCUUGAAUCACCUGCUUCCUAAACUCUGGGCCCACAAGCAUCGAAAGAGGACUCUGAAGACACGAGUUAUAUCAGAAGGGAAGGAGCCCUUAAAGAGCGCAUGCCGUUUCUUGGUUUUAAACCUGCUUUCUCAACAACUCUCAGCACCAAGAGAUAUUUUUCUACUUGAACAAGAAGGAAGCUUAGAAGUUCCAACUAAAGAAGAAAGGACGAGAAAGUGAGCAACAGUGAAAAACAGAACUGGAGGGAACCAAAGGGCAACUGGGAGACAGUUGUCUACAGGGUCAAAAAAGGUUUGCCAACAUUUAUCAGGAAAAGACUAAAGAUGGGGACGAUUUUGCAUCUGAUGACUUUGAUGAUCUUCUCCUAGAAAAGCACCACUCUGGUUGUCUGGUGCUGUUUCACCAUUAUUGUUAUAUAAGCAGUCCUUGGAGAUUUUUCUAAUUCCUUUACUUAUUCCUUCUGGAUCAUAUUGCUUUUUUUUUUUUCUUUUACAAGGAAUUCGAAGCAACUCUUCACGAUGCCCCAGCCAUUCAGGACAGCCCUUUGUUCACUCCUUUGCGUCACUUUGUUUUUUCAUGCCUUGCCUCAGGUAAAGGCAGACUGUUGGCUUAUUGAAGGAGAUAAGGGCUACGUAUGGUUGGCGAUCUGCAGUCAGAACCAGCCGCCCUAUGAAACCAUCCCUCAGCACAUCAACAGCACGGUUCACGACCUUCGCCUCAAUGAGAACAAACUCAAGGCAGUGUUCUUCAGUUCUCUCAGCCGCUUUUGCAAUUUGACUGACCUGAACCUCACCAAGAAUGAAAUUUCCUACAUUGAAGAAGGGGCAUUCUCUGGCCAGUCAAACUUGCAAGUUCUGCAGCUUGGAUACAACAAGUUGACCAACCUAACGGAAGGCAUGCUACGUGGCUUGGGGCGUCUGCAGUAUCUCUUUGUGCAGCAUAAUUUGCUUGAAGUGAUUGCUGCCAAUGCCUUUUUCGAAUGCCCCAACUUAAUAAGCCUAGAUCUGUCCUCCAACAAACUUGUCCGGAUCGACCCUUCAACUUUUACAGGACUAAGUCGUCUGAUGGUGUGUGAAUUGGCUGGAAAUCCCUUUCAUUGUUCCUGUGAGCUGUAUAGUUUCCUAGUCUGGUUGGAGGCCUUUAACAAUGUGACACGUAACUAUGACCGACUGCAGUGUGAAACACCACCUGAUUUUUCAGGGUAUCCUUUGUUAAGUCCACGGCCUGGACAUGGUAGGAAUGCAAUGUCCAUUUUGUCCUCCAUGUGUAGAAAUGGAGCCCUUAUACCUGGUAUGCCUACCAUGUCUUACUCUGAUCCAAGAAUGGAUCUCUAUGAAAAUUCUGGCACUGAUCCUGAUGAUCUCAUUAUGCUGGAACCCACAACCUCUUCCACUAUGGACCCUACUGUCAACCCCAGUAUCCAGGUUCAUCAAAUAACUUCUAAUACAGCCACUUUGGUGGUGCAGAUCCCCUUCCCCUAUAGAAAGAUGUAUAUCUUGGUCCAAUACAACAAUAGCUAUGUUUCUGAUGUGAUGAAUUUAAGAAAUAUCAAAGAAUUCAUCAUCCUAGACAAACUAAAGUCCCAUACGGAUUACACUUUCUGUGUCGCUUCCAUCCGUAAUUCACAGCGCCACAAUCAUACCUGCAUUACGUUUACUACUCGUAACCAAAAUCCAGAGGAGAAAAUCCCUAAUGCUUCUACCACUACCCAUUACAUCAUGACCAUUCUGGGGUGCCUCUUUGGGAUGGUCAUAGUGUUAGGAGUAGUUUAUUACUGCCUACGGAAACGGAGAAUCCAAGAAGAAAAGCAAAAAUCUAUGAGCGUCAAAAAGACCAUUUUGGAGAUGAGAUACGGCCCUGAAGCCGCAGCCAGUGCCGGCUCAGAACCGAUCAGCUCAAUUGUUCAGAAACUGCAUGAGCACCAACAUCACCAUGGGCAGCCCAAACUGCUGUCGUCUUCUUCCAGCAGUUCAAUGGUCGGUGGUCAUCCAGCUUCAUCAAACACCUCUACAUCCCGACUCUCUGCCAUUCCUCAAGCUGAGAAGACGCUCAGCUCUUUCUCAGAAGCUUUGUCAGCUACCAAAGGAAACUACAUGGACAUUCGAACUAGCUCCAUCGGGGACUCAACAGAGAGGUCUCACCAGCACCGCUCUAUGUCAGUUGAGGAAGAGACACCGGGACAAGAUCAAGAUGACAAUGGCUGUGAUGUGGGGGAUGACUCAGAAGAAGAUGCCAAUGGCUCAGCCUCUGAGAUUUCAACAAUCGCUAAAGAAGUGGACAAGGUGAACCAGAUCAUUAACAACUGCAUUGAUGCCCUGAAGCUGGACUCAUCUGGUUGCGGGGUGACAUCGUCUUCUGCAAGCAGACCUCAAUCAUUGAUGCCUAUUUCUUCUGCAGCUUCAGAGACGUGCCCGUCAGGUGUCCAGAUAAUCUCAUCCCCCAAGCUGAGCAUUCCUCCACCCCCACUGGGUGUCCCUUUACCAGAGAGGCCUGGAAUUAGUGGAGGUGGCUUUCUUUCCCCCCCUUAUAGAGAGCCUCCUUCGGGCCGACCUUUGCAGAGGCAACUGAGUGCUGAUGCUGCCGUCGUGGUGAACAGCUCAGCCAAGAAGAGAUGCAGCGUCUCCUCUAGUGGUUCCGUUAAAAGUGCGCGGGUUUUCAGUCUCGACGUUCCAGACAGAAGCCCAGAUUCCUCCAAGUAUACAGAGAAAGGUAGUCCUUUAGCCUGUGGGGAACCUCUGGAAAGGUUACCACUAAUGGGUUCCGCUGGAGGGACAUCUAGCAUUCAGCAUCUGGAAGUGCGCCCAGCGUACCACUGCUCAGAGCAUCGCCAUUCCUUUCCGGCUCUCUAUUAUGAGGGCUCGUCAGAGUCUCCCACCCAGAGAGCCUCCUUCCUUAAACCUCUGACCCGCUCAAAAAGGGACGCUGCUUCCUACUCCCAGCUCUCCCCCAGGCACAACUAUUCGGGGUAUUCCUCCAGUCCCGAAUACUCUUCCGAGAGCACCCUAAAAAUAUGGGAACGCUUCAGGCCUUACAAGAAGAGCCCACGAGAAGAGGCUUCCUAUAUAGCGGCGGGCCACGCUUUGAGAAAGAAGGUCCAGUUUGCAAAGGAUGAGGAUCUUCACGAUAUUUUGGAUUACUGGAAAGACACCCACAGGGCAAAAUGGGAUAUGCAGUUGGAGAAGGCAACACUGUUGGGGACCUCCAGAUCCACUAGAUGGAGCACUUGAGAUGGAGCUUCUCUUCCCUCAUCCGACUUACUUGGAAGUGGUUGUAACGGGUGGUUUUGAUACAUCACACAUACUCCCAGGCCUGGCUUUAAAGGAAUCUCAUGUCCUUAGCCAGGUUAUCUGGAGUUGGAAGAGGAGCAUGAACAAAGUUCACAUGAAGUGGAGGAGAAGGAGGAGGAAGAGAAAUGUCUAGUUUGUGAAAGAAAAGAAAAACCCUAUAUUCUAAAACUAAUUGUAAAAGUAAGGAAUCUUUUGAAUCUGGGACUUAGUUGUCAACAAUUUUGUUCUGCGUUCUAGUAUAUUUUAUUUACACAUGUAGAUAUAUAUUUAUAUGCACAUAUCUGUAU